GCGUGAUUUUUUUUUUUGUAUACUGUAUAUUAUUUGCGGCUUGGUACAUACGCUCUCUCUUAUAUUUUUUGUUUUCAGAUGGGAUCUCCCAAAAAACCUUCAGUGGCACAAAGAUCCUGUGCCUGUGUGAAUAAUUCUGGGAAGGAAACAGACUCUCCACUUCCCCCUUUCAAUGAGCGGUUGGCCCACCUUCGUCCCUCCAGGGAACUUUUGGAGUUCUACAAGGAGAAGAUUGCCCAGUUUGAUGGAGAGCACGGGCAGCUGCUGAAGAUGUUGGAGAAGUACAAGAGCAUCAUAGAGGACCAACAUAAACUACUGGGUGACCUGCGGCAGCGUGAAGGGGAGAUUGCAGAGUUGCAGAAUGCGUUGAGUGACAUGCAGGUGUACCUCUACCAAGAAAGAGAACAAUCUCUACGGCUUCAUGCAGAAAAUGACAGACUAAAGAUCAGAGAGCUGGAGGACAGAAAGAAAAUUCAACACCUUCUUUCCCUAGUCGGUACUGAUGAUGGAGAGACCACAUAUUUCCUGCGGGAACCUCCUCACAAGGUGGCGAUCAAACAGAAGAACCAGGAGUUGGGGGAGAAUCUCAAUCUCAGGCCAACAAUUUUAAAACCCACUGUGACUAGCAAAGCAGAGACCAUUAAGCAAGCAAAAUUAGCAAAUUUGGGAACUGGCGAUAGUUUGGAAAAAUAUAAGACGGACAACCAUACUUUAAUACUACAGGUGGAGGCUCUGCAGGCCCAGAUGGAGGAACAAACCCGACUGGCCAGAGAGCAGGUUGAGACACUCCAGGAGGACCGACAGAUGAAAAAAGACGAGGCACAGGCUGAAAGGCAGAGAUUUGAGUGCUACAUCACCAAUUUGACUGAGAAGCUACAGCGAACCCAGAACCUCCUCUAUGAAAGCACCAAAGAUUUCUUGAAGCUAAAAUAUGAAACAAAGACUCAGGAGAAGAAAUGGAUGUUGGAGAAGGACCGCCUCCUCGGGGAUCUGAACACGCGCCUUGAGCGUCCCAAAAAAUCUGUCUCUCCUGGUGUGGAGGUGGGGCGAAUGCGGCAAGCCGUUGGUAGCGGCAGUCCAAUUUGGGCCAGCCCCACUCGGCUCAGCCCGCAGCCUCAGCCAGACUUCAGGCAGAAACAUAAGGACGAAGUGAAGGCAAUGCAGGAGGACAUAAAGCAAGCCCACCGUAUGGCAGAGAUGUACAGGGAGCAGUGUGUUGCUUUGGAAUCAGAACUGGCCCAAGCCAGGGAGCAGGGGGAUGUUGGCAGGGAAAUAUUGAAGGAGCGUGCGGAAAAAGUGGCUCAACGUCUUAAACUGAUGACUCAGCGUUACGAGGCACUGGAGAAGAGGAGGACCUUGGAGGUGGAGGGCUUCAAGACAGACCUCAGGCAACUUAGGCAAAAACUCAAAGAUGUAGAAAAACAACUUAUACAGGUAACGCUUAGCAUUGGGCCUAACCAGGACUUGGCUAUCUUGCAAGAGGUCCGGGAUAGCAAUACAAGAACUAAGAAGGUCCAGAGUGAACUGACGACAUUAAAGGCCAAGAUAUAUGGACUGGAAAAUGAGCUAAGAUUUUGCUGAUAAAUGGAUCACAUUGGUUUUUGUUACAUAGAUGCCUUAAGAAGCUUUAUGAGCUUUACCCAAGCCUUGUGCUUUGUACUGUUUAUUAGUACAACUUCUUUAGUUUGUGCCAAUAAAUGUUUUUAAUCCAUAA